GCUCGACGACCGAGAAAGUCGCCCCAGAGUCCGCCACUUCACCCUUUUAUAGGCAGAACCGGGAUUGUCUGCGGAGCACUGCGAUUGGCUAAAGCAGAGCUUUGUCCGUUCGACCAAUAGGGUGGCUCAGCCAGCAUCCGUUCAUUUACAUAAUCUCGUCCCCCUCGCUGGAGCGCCGCUGAAAACUCGCGAAUCACGACGCGGCGUAAGCAGAACCUUAAUUUGCCUACGGCCUCUUUAAGUACCGAGGCGCUUCCGGUAGCUUGGGCCUGACGGCGGUGGCGGCGUCCCUUCUCCCGUGUGCCCGCCGUUUGCUUGUGCUUCCCGCCAUGCCCGAGCCGGCGAAAUCCGCUCCCGCGCCCAAGAAGGGCUCCAAGAAAGCGGUCACCAAGGCCCAGAAGAAGGACGGCAAGAAGCGCAAGCGCAGCCGCAAGGAGAGCUACUCCAUCUACGUGUACAAGGUGCUGAAGCAGGUGCACCCCGACACCGGCAUCUCGUCCAAGGCCAUGGGCAUCAUGAACUCGUUCGUCAACGACAUCUUCGAGCGCAUCGCCGGCGAGGCCUCCCGCCUGGCGCAUUACAACAAGCGCUCCACCAUCACCUCCCGGGAGAUCCAGACGGCCGUGCGCCUGCUGCUGCCCGGCGAGCUGGCCAAGCACGCCGUGUCCGAGGGCACCAAGGCCGUCACCAAGUACACCAGCUCCAAGUGAGUCCCUGCCGGGACGCGGCGCCCGCCGGGGUCGCCGGCCGCCUGACUCCAAAGGCUCUUUUCAGAGCCACCCACGUUCUCGCCGAAAGGAGCUGUUCACGUACUUUGUGAAGGUGUUCCUACUUUGGCUUUUGGAUUUCUCUUCCCGUACGUUAAAUAUAUGCUUGUU